AUCUGUGACCCACAUAUCUACUUUUACCUGCAUCUUUUUUCCGGGAAUUCCGGAAAUUUCCUCAAGGCCAGUCACGGCUUUGUUAUAGUGAAACGGAAAUAUCCAAAAGACAUAACGCUUUUGUUUUUUCGAAAGUUUUGUAUGUUGCCAUGGGAACAAGUUGGUCUUCGAGUGCUGAAAGUGAACAGAAUAAUGAGAGGAGAAUGAAAAAACAGAAAUUACUAUCCAAGAAAACCUUUGGCCACCAUGAAGUGGAAGGAUAUAACGGAGAUGAUACUGAUAUACAAAAUCAUGUUGAAAGUUGUAGAAAAAACCCAGGCCAUGCCAAUUUUAUUCCCAUUACAAGAUUUACUCAAACAGAUCUACCCGAAGACUUACGGGACGAUACUCUUUAUGAGCUCAUCAAAGCUAUAUCUGACAUCACAGUCAGAAUCAGAGUCACGAAAGUCAGUCCUGGGAGACCUCAGUUUUUCCCAAAUACAGAAGACCCUUAUCCCUUUAGUGGAACAAACGUGAAAAUGCGACUAGGGAGUGGGGAAAUAGACGUGUAUAAAUUCAUCAAAGGCUGGGGAUAUAACAGUCAAGGAAGAAGUUCUAAUUUUUUCGAUAAAGAUAAAGCAAUUGAGGCGACAUACAAAGCUUGCCCAUGUGAGAAAUGUGGCCAGUCUGACAAACCCAAGGAAGUCUGGUGGGAAAUAUUUGUUUACACUGCCGCGCAUGUUGUUUUUGAUGAGAUAGAGGCCAUCAACACGACAUGUACAUUGCUCUAUGAUAAUAAAGGUCGCCCAGAGACGAAAGCUCUUAAUAAAUUCAGCGUCAGUUACGUCAGUGUCGAGUACGACAAAUGUGAAUUGAAGCACGUCACGUGCGACGUCUCACUAGGGGACAAACUGUACAAAAUGUCGAGGCGCUGCUGUGACCUCUGGGAAGAAGUCAGACCUAAACACUGCAGAAGUCAAUCCAAGUUUAUGUUUCUCGUGUCACACCCCCACGGGGGCAUUAAACAGCUGAGUCUGGGUGAAUGGAGAGAGAAUGAAAAGGUAAAGAAACUGGACAAAAACUUUGUUCUGACCAAGCUAACAUACACUGCUGGUACAUGUCCAGGCAGUAGCGGAGCUCACGUGUAUUGUCUAGGAUUUAGAGGGGGCCAUCUUCACGGAGGAGCUUUAGAGCCAAACAUAAAUUACAGCUGUGUCUUAUAUACUUACAAGACGAAAUCUCAACACAGACGAUAUAUCUAGUACGGAAAAUCAAUUCCUGUAAGCAUUAAUUAAUUUUUAUUAUGGAGUAAAUAGUUUGUAUAAAGUUUUUCGUCUUGGAGUAAUAACAAAGUUGAUUUUUAUUUAUAUAUUUUAUCUAAGUACUCUCCUUUUUUUUUUAAAAAAAAUUAUCUUAUAAAUUACAUACGUUCCUUGAAAAAGGAAAAUCAUUGUGAUCUUCCUUGUGUUAAUCUAGACGUGCAUGCUAAUCAGAAACUAAAAUUCUAACCCUAACGCUAAGUCUUUGGUUUUCGCUGCUAAUUCAGGCAACCAGCUCAAUGCUCUAAUGGCACUAAGGAAGAAGGAGCAAUUGUACGAAUUUAACCUAGCGUAUGCAAACGCAAUAAGAAAUCUGUCUUCAUCUUUGCCACUAAGUAUUUUAUGACUUCAUUUAUUUGUUCAAAAAUUAUGGUUCAGAAUUGUAUGUGUUAUUGCUACUUUAUGUUUUAUUCUUUUGUCUUAAAGUGUGUCUAGGUUUAAUGUUUUUAUUCAUGGUUGUACUCUAAUUAUUAAAUAUCAAUAUUCAUUUUUUAUAAACUUAUUUUACGUCUAUUAUAAUUUCUUCGUGUUUUCUUGUGUUGGUAUGUCCAAAUGGUCCCGUGUACAGUGUUGAUUAUAAGCCAUGGACUCGUCUUCCUGAUUCCCUAGCAUUCUAGCAUUCAAACCUAACAAUGAAUAUACCAUUUAAUGUGAUGAGCUAUUUAAUAAUGCUUGAUGAUUGGUAAUCAAGAAUAACUAAUAAAAUGCAUUAAACAUUGGGGGAAAAAUUAAGUAAUGAUUGACUGGCAAUUUAUAUCGGAAUAUUCUCAAAACAAUUGGCAGACCUUAUCAAAACAUCGUUCACGGGCUUGUACGGCCAAUACGGGCCCAGAUUCCCUCAUCAAGCCUUGAAAUUGCCGGGUAAGAAACACUAUGUCACAUUUAGCUCCAGCUCAAACCCAAACUUCAGCUCUAACACUUGCUUCCUGUAUAGACACAAGUCCUUGCAACACUACCCUACAAAACUAUGGCGACGAAAUGGCUGCGUAAAAAAAAAAAAGUAGAGUACCCCUUUCAGACCUUGCGAUUUAUGGAGCAGAUGAUGUAAAGGUCAUCUGUUUCUGUGGUCUACGGUAAACGAGGGUGUCAACGACCAACCGUCUUUACUUUUCCCCAACUAAUGUCAGGUACCUUUUAGAGCUGGGUGAACUCAGAGGCACCCAAAGAUCCCGAAAUUCAAAAUCUCAGUCUUCAUCAGGAUUCGAACUCGGGAAGCCAAGCAAUGCGCUUUACUGUUCAGCCGUCGCACCCACCCUCAAAAUGACUGCGUAGUGGAAGCAAAAAGUUGAAAUCUAUCAAGCAGGAUCAACAAAUUGUUCUACCGGAAGUUGCCAAACAGAAGUAAAACAAGCAUCCAGCAUAACGGAAUAAAACAAGAAAUUGCAAUAUGGUUACUAGAGCUAGGGUGCGAUCUCAGAUUGUGCACUUAAAGGAAUUGCUGUGCAAAUAUACCGAGUAGGCACCGCCAAAAGACGCUUUUUCCAAUACCGGUAUCGAUUUAGACAAGGUCACAGCUGGGGCUGCGCAGCCACGGGAAAUACUGCAUCCCUCAUUAAUCUUCGGACUCGAAGACAGGCCUUUUUAUUAAACAAGGUUCAAUAAUAUUAUGUUUUAUUUUUAUUAUUGUUUGAUUGUAGCAAUUUCUUUCAAUAAACCAACAUGUUUUGUAUAAUCUUGUAAUCCUUUCACCGAAAUGGGGAUUCUAUGAUAACUUAUUACACCUAGGCAUUAUGAGUUUUUAGUACAGGUAAUUAGUAUACCAUGAAAAUGAUAAAAUGUUUACCUUUCUUGCUCUAUCCAUAGAAUACAUGUUUUAAUUAGUCACUUUUAUGUAUUUAAUGUAAAUGUACUAAUACCAUUAGUUUUAUUAUUCACAUUGUACAUGUAGCUUUUUGGAGCUUGACUUUGUAAUAUGUACAUGGGAAAUAAAGGAAACAAUAUACUU